AUGGUGAAUGACGUGGCUUCCAUUCGGCGGAGUUUCACAUGAGAUCUUCCGUGUUGUUGUUCCAAACGCUUUUCCGAAAAGAUGCGUAAACUUUUGCUUGUGAUAGCGAUAGCGUUCGCGGUGGUACAGCGGUCCUUUGCUCCACCAGUCACUAAAAACAAAACCGACGAUGAGCACAGUGACAAGGAGAAUGAAGUCGAGGAAAAGGAAGAAAUGGAAGACGUCGUGGAGUAUCAUAGGUAUCUCAAAGAGGUCAUUCAGGCCCUUGAGAGCGAUCCAGAAUUCCGUAGUAAAUUGGAGAAUGCCCAGGAAGCCGAUAUUCGGAGUGGGAAGAUAGCACAUGAAUUGGAGUUCGUGGGCCAUCAGGUCAGAUCCAAACUAGACGAGCUUAAACGACAAGAAUUAGAAAGGUUGAGACACUUGGCGGUAAAGGAAUACGAGCUUGAAAAUGGCUUGGAUCCUUCGAGACUAAAGAUCGAUUCGCAUAUUACUAACUAUAAUCCAAAUACUUUUGAAGUUGACGACUUGAAGAAAUUAAUAGCUAAGACUACGCAAGAUUUAGCCGAGGCUGACAAGAAAAGAAGGAAAGAUUUCAAGGAGUACGAGAUGCAAAAGAAAUUUGAACAGGAACAGAAGAUGAAGGGUAAUACUGGGAUGGACGAGAAACAAAGGAAGGAUUACGAAGAGGAGUUGCACAAGCUGCAACAGAAGCACAUGCAACAUCAGCCGCUGCACCAUCCUGGAAGCAAACAACAGCUAGAAGAGGUGUGGGAAAAGCAGGAUCUUAUGGACGGUCAGGACUUCGACCCGAAAACAUUCUUUUAUCUACACGAUUUGGACAGUAACGGAGUGUGGGACGAAAAUGAAGUAAAGACUCUCUUCCUGAAAGAGUUGGAUAAGAUGUAUGCCCAAGGAGCUCCAGAGGACGACCUUCGAGAGCGCGUCGAAGAAAUGGAGCGAAUGAGGGAGCAUGUCUUCAAAGAAGCUGACAUUAAUGGAGAUGGUCUCAUAAGCUGGUUGGAGUUUUUGGAGCAGACCAAAAAACCAGAGUUCCAGAAGGACCCUGGCUGGGAGCCUUUGGACCAGCAACAGCUGUACUCUACUCAGGAAUACGAAGCUUUUGAGAGAAGGCGGCAAGAAGAGAUACAGAAAUUAAUAGCGCAAGGCGUGCUAUCGCCACACUCUGGUAACUAUGAUCCGGGGCACCAUCCUCAACAACAGUACCAACCUCAGCAGCAUCAACAGCAGCAGUUCCCAUCACAGUUCGCUAACGUGCCUCAGAGCGGUCCCAAUCAAGGCUUCGCACCUCCCAUGGAUCCUAGAGUUUUGAAUCACGGACAACAGGCUCAAUUCCAAGGCGGCCAACAACACUACGAACAAGUGCCACAACAGCAAUAUCAUGGCCAAAUGCCACAGCCGCAAUAUCACGGCCAAGCGCCGCCCCAACAAUAUCAAGGCCAAGCGCCACCCCAACAAUAUCAAGGCCAAGCGCCACCCCAACAAUAUCAAGGCCAAGCGCCACCCCAACAAUAUCAAGGUCAAGCGCCACCGCAACAAUAUCAGGGACAAGUUCCUCAUCAGCCCUAUCAAGGACAUGCUCAGUCACAGUACCAAGGCCAAAAGGAACAAGUCCCUCAACAACCCCCUUAUCAACCUAAAGUUCAAACCAACAUAUCACAGCAACAAAAUACUCAACAAAGCGCUCCGCAGCAACAGCAGGAGCUAAAGAACGAACUGGAUCAAAAUCAAAUACCUAUUGCAGGUAGCGUUCCUAAGGGGCCCGAACAAAUCGCCGUAAACAGCAUUCCCAGCGGUACAAAGGUGUAACUGGGAACGCGGCGGCUCACAUUGAGAUUAUCGCAGAACAAGUGGGAGAUUAAGAAGUAUUUAGACGCCCGAGAGAUAAGUGUGCCGAGUCCUCCAUUCCGCAAUGCGGAAUUCUGGAUCAAGAUCGUGCAAUCGGCUAAAGGCACCCCUUGGCCGCUCCGCAGUUUGUUCGCUCUACUUACGCGAGUAUACGUUGUAAAGCCUCACUGUAACUACGUAAAACGGCAUAGAAAAGAAGAAAAAAAAAAGAAACUACCUUCCGUAUACAAUGUAAUUUAAUUGUUUACCUCUGACUAGUAAAUUGAGUAUUCUCGCACGGA